AUCUAAUGGAGAUUUUAUUUAAAAUGCUCAGGUCAUAAUUUGCAAAUUAAACUAUCGACAUUUUUUCUAACUGAAAAGGGUACUGAAAUGCCGAAGAUGUUCAUUUUAGUGCUCAGCCAAUUAUUGACGUAAUAGAGGAGAGGAUGUUAGAGGAUGAACGUAGCUUUGAACAAACAGACAUGGCAGUCAAAUCCUUACGUAAUAUCGGACAGUAGAUAUGAUUCUAGUAAUGCAGUAGAUGGACGGAAAUCAGAUCUCAGUGCAUUUGGAAGACAGUGUGUCAUAUCAGCUGAUAAUAAAACAACUGCCACCUGGUGGGUUAACUUGACAUCAAUUUACAGUAUUCAUCACAUAAGGAUUUAUUACCGGACUGAAAAUAAUGUAAAAACAUGGAAUGAAGGAAAUGACUUAACUGCAAGAUUUCUCGGGUUUUAUGUUUAUAUAUCGAACACAACGAACCGACUUGAUGGUCAUUUAUGCUUCCACGAUACUUACUAUACCAGAUUAACGAUUCCUGCCAUUGCCAGUAUUACCUGUGCCUUACAUGCACAAUACGUUAUCUAUUAUAAUGAACGAUUAGAAAAUAUUAAAUAUCCACUUGGAUAUUCAAGAUUCGCUCAUAAUGAACUAUGCGAAGUAGAAGUCUACGGUUGUAUGACUGGAUACUAUGGACCUAACUGUUCUCUUCCCUGUCCUGACAAUUGUGGUGACGGUUAUUGUCACAUAGAGACUGGAGUGUGUUUCUCGUGUAAACCUGGGUAUCAAGGAUAUCAAUGUGAAAAUGAGUGUACCAGUAACACAUAUGGACAGGAUUGUGGACUGAGAUGUGGAGCUUGUCUGGGACACAAACAAUGUAAUCACAUCAAUGGUUCAUGUCCUGAAGGAUGUGACGCUGGGUUUAAAGGGACAUUUUGUUAUAUUGAAUGUCCUGCUGGAUAUUUUGGAUAUUACUGUGAACAUAAUUGUAAUGACAACUGUGGAGUACCAAACAAAUGUAACAAGACGACAGGUGAAUGUGAAGGUGGAUGUCAGGCAGGUUGGAAGGGACUUCAGUGUAGUGAACAGUGUGAUGGUAACAAAUAUGGACAGGAUUGCGGACAGACCUGUGGAGCGUGUCUGGAAUAUAAACAAUGUCACCACGUCAAUGGUUCUUGUCUUGAAGGUUGCGAUCCUGGAUUUCAAGGAAAACUUUGUACAACAAGUUGUUCGAAUGGAAAAUUUGGAAAAGACUGUAGUAAAAAUUGCAGUGUCAAUUGUAUGGUACCCAGAAUAUGCCACGGUACAACUGGAGAAUGUCAGAGUGGAUGUCAGCCUGGUUGGGAAGGAUAUCAUUGCGAAAGGGAUCAAGUACAGGAUAAAGAAAACUGCCACCUAAGCUUUUAUGGCACCCUUGGCGCAUUUUUGGUGUCUGCUUUAGCUAAUGUUGUCUUAAUUGCUUUUGUCUUCAAGUUGAUGCAGAGGAAAGGGGAGAAAAAAAUGGCUGAACCAGCAACAGAAGAAAUGUUAAAUGAUGAGAGAAGACAACCCAACGACAUUUAUGAAAAUUCGGAUAGAAACGUCACUGUAGAUUACCAGGAACUUGGAGAGCUGGGGAAUCCCUCUCAUUAUGAUGCACUACAAUAACUGGAAC